AUGGAGUCACAUCGUAAUGUGAACCGUAUACAAUUCGGAAUUUUAUCUCCAGAUGAAAUUCGACGAAUGUCGGUAACAGAUCCACCGAUUGAAUAUGUAGAUUUAUUGCAAGAAGGAAAAGCAAAAACUCAAGGUCUUAUGGAUCCACGACAGGGUCCACUUGAUCAAAAUUCAAAAUGUCAUACUUGCGCUGGUUCUUAUGUUGAAUGUCCGGGACAUUUUGGUCACAUUGAAUUGAUCAAGCCCGUAUAUAAUAUUGUUUUUUUAUUGAAAAUAUUGAAAAUUUUACGAUGUGUUUGUUUUCAUUGUUCGAAACUAUUGGUCGAUCCAAAUGAUUCAAAAAUAAUUGAUAUUAUUAAAAAAACAAAAGGACAAUAUCGUCGACGUCUUGCUUAUGUUUUUGAUGCAUGUAAAAGACAAAAGAUUUGUCAAGGAACUAAGAAUGAAAACCACGUAACAAUUAAAACUUCAGAUGGUUGUGGAAGAAAACAACCAAUUUAUCGUCGAUCGGGUUUAGAAUUGACAAUUGAAUGGAAACAAACAUUAAAUGAAAAUAAAGGAACGAGAUCAAAAUUAUCAGCUGCACGUGUACUGGAAAUAUUUCAAAAAAUUUCUGAUCCAAUUUGUGAAAUCCUCGGCAUGAAUCCUCAACAAACACGACCUGAUUGGAUGAUUCUAACUGUUUUGCCAGUUCCUCCUAUGUGUGUUCAUCCAUCAAUAUCAUCAUUUGAUGAUGUAACUCAUUGUCAUGAUGAUUUGACAUACAACUUAGCAAAUAUAAUUAAAGCAAAUAAUAUUUUACGUGAACAUGAACAACAUGGUGAAGCUUCACAUAUCAUUGAAGAAGAUUUGCAACAUCUUCAAUAUCAUUGUGCAACUUUAAUUGAUAAUAAUAAGCCUGGAAUACCAAAAUCUUGUCAGAAAAGUGGAACACCAUUAAAAUCUAUAAAAGAACGAUUAGAAGGUUCAUCACUUUUAUUUUAUUAUCUCUCUCUAUAUAUGGGGUUGAGCAGCAAAGAAGGUCGAAUUCGAGGAGAUCUAAUGGCUAAACAAGUUGAUUUUAGUGCGAGGACAGUAAUAACACCAGAUUCAAAUUUAUCAAUUGAUCAAGUUGGCGUACCACGCACAAUAGCACGAAAUUUAACUAUACCUGAAAUUGUAACACCAUUUAAUAUAAAAUGGUUACAAGAAUUAAUUUGUCAUGAUGCUGCUAAAAAUAUAAUAUUAGAUACAGGUGAGAUAAUUGAUCUUCAUCUUCAUCCAAAACCAUCUGAUUUGCAUUUACAAUCGGGUUAUAUUGUUGAAAGAUUUAUGAUGGAUAAUGAUUUAGUUGUACUUAAUCGUCAACCAACAUUACAUAAAAUGUCAAUGAUGGCACAUCGUGUUAAAAUUCUUCCAUGGUCAACAUUUCGUUUAAAUUUAUCUGUAACAACACCAUAUAAUGCUAGUUUUGAUGGUGAUGAGAUGAAUUUACAUUUACCACAAUCAAUUGAAGCUAAAGCUGAAUUAUCUGAAUUAAUGAUGGUACCACGUUUAAUAAUAACACCACAAUCACAUCGACCUGUUAUGAGUAUUGUACAAGAUACAUUAACAGCUGUUUGGAAAAUGACUAAACGUGAUGUAUUUAUUGAAAAAAGUGAUUUUAUGAAUUUAUUAAUGCACUUAUCAUCAUGGAAUGGACAUAUACCACAAGCAACUAUUUUAAAACCAAAACCAUUAUGGACUGGUAAACAAUUAUUUUCAUUAAUUCUUCCACGUGAAAUUAAUUGUAUACGUACAAAUAGUCAACAUUCAUAUGAUGAAGAUAGUGGACCAUAUAAAUGGAUAUCACCUAGUGAUACAAAAGUUUUAAUUGAAAAUGGACGUUUAUUAUCAGGACAUAUUGUUUUUAUGGAAUGUUGUUAUCAAAUAGCUGGACAAUUAUAUUAUCAUAUACAACUUGUUGUUAACAAUUGGUUAAUGUUAGAAGGACAUUCAGUUGGUAUAGCUGAUACAAUAGUUGAUCAACAAACAUAUGAAACAAUUCAAACAACAAUUAAAAAAGCAAAAAAUGAAGUUAAUAAAGUUAUUGAACUAGCACAUCGUAAGUCAUUAGAACGAACACCUGGAAAUUCUUUAAGACAAACAUUUGAAAAUAUAGUUAAUAGUCUUUUAAAUCGUGCUCGAGAUAGUACUGGUUCAUUAGCACAAAGAUCUUUAUCUGAUUUUAAUCAAUUUAAAGCUAUGGUUGUUAGUGGUGCUAAAGGUUCAUCUAUAAAUAUUGCACAAGUUAUUGCUUGUGUUGGACAACAAAGUGUUGAAGAAAAACGUAUUUCAUUUGGUUUUGAACAUCGUACAUUGCCACAUUUUACUAAAGAUGAUUAUAGACCUGAAGCUAAAGGUUUUGUUGAAAAUUCAUAUUUACAAGGUUUAACACCAGUUGAAUUUUAUUUUCAUGCUAUGGGUGGACGAGAAGCUAUGGAAUCUAUUAUGGUUAAAUAUGAUGGUACUGUUAGAAAUGAAAUUGAACAAAUAAUUCAAUUUACAUAUGGUGAAGAUGGUCUUGCCGGUGAAAAUAUUGAAUUUCAAUCAAUUAUAUCAUUAAAUCCAUCAAAUAAAUUAUUUGAACGUUUAUGUAAAUUUGAUUUAUUAGCUGAAGAAAAACAUUUAAGAAAAUUUUUAACUGAUGAUGUUAUUAAAGAUUUAUAUACAGAUGAAUCAUUACAAUUAUUAGAUGAUGAAUGGAAACAAUUAAAUGAAGAUCGACAUAAUUUAAGACAAUUAUUUCCAACCGGUAAUACAUCAAAAAUUGUUUUACCUUGUAAUUUAGAAAGAUUAAUUUAUAAUGCAAAAAAAAAAUUUUCUAUUUCAAAUCGAACACAAUCAAAUUUAUCACCUAGUCAAGUUAUUCAAGGUUUACAAAAAUUAACACAACAUCUUAUUGUUGUUAAAGGUGAUGAUCGUUUAUCACGUGAAGCCCAAUAUAAUGCAACAAUGUUAAUGAAUAUCUUAUUACGUUCAUCAUUAUCAUCUCGUCAAGUUCUUGAAUUUCAUCGUUUAACAAAUGAAGCAUUUAAUUGGCUUUGUAGUGAAAUUGAAACACGUUUUCAACAAGCACAAGUUCAAGCUGGUGAAAUGGUUGGCGCUUUAGCUGCACAACCAAUUGGAGAAUCAACUACACAAAUGACAUUAAAUUCAUUUUAUUAUAGUGGUGUUUCAGCUAAAAAUGUUACAUUAGGUAUUCCACGUCUUAAAGAAAUAAUCAAUGUUUCAAAAGAACCUAAAACACCAUCAUUAACUAUUUAUUUAACUGGACAAGCAACAAAUGAUGUUGAAAAAUGUAAAGAAGUAUUAUAUCGUCUUGAACAUUGUAAUUUAAGGAAAACAACUGUUAAUACAGCCAUUUAUUAUGAUCCUGAUCCACAAGAAACAAUUAUUUCAGAAGAUCAAGAAUGGGUUAAUGCAUAUUAUGAAAUGCCUGAUCAAGAUAUAGGAAAUCUUUCACAAUGGUUAUUAAGAAUUGAAUUAGAUAGAAAACGUAUAACUGAUAGAACAUUAACUAUGGAAAAAAUAUCUGAAAAAAUUUCACAAGCUUUUGGUGAUUGUCUUAAUGUUAUAUAUAAUGAUGAUAAUGCUGAAAAACUUGUUUUAAGAAUACGUAUCAUUAAUCAAGUUAAAUCAUCGACACAAUACGAUCAAAAAAAUAUAACUCGUAUGGAUGAUAAUACUUUUCUUCGAUAUUUAGAACCUUCAAUUCUUACUGAUUUAACUUUACAAGGCAUUGAAGGUAUAUCAAAAGUUUAUAUAGCUCGUCCAAUAUUUGAUGAUUCACAACAAAGAAUUCAAAUUAAUGAUAAUGGAGAAAUUCAUAAAAUUUUUGAAUGGAUGUUAGUAACUGAUGGAACAGCUUUUAAAAAAGUUUUAUCAACUAAAGAUGUUGAUUCGCGUCGAACAUAUACAAAUGAUAUUGUAGAAAUAUUUGAUAUUCUUGGAAUUGAAGCUGCUAGAAAAUCAAUUGAACAUGAAAUAAAUUAUGUUAUUUCAUUUGAUGGAUCUUAUGUUAAUUAUAGACAUUUAGCUGUAUUAUGUGAUAUUAUGACGACUAAAGGACAUUUAAUGCCUAUUAAAAGACAUGGAGUUAAUAGACUCAGUGUUGGACCUAUUAUAAGAUGUUCAUUUGAGGAAACUGUUGAUGCUUUAAUAGAAGCUGCUACUCAUUCAGAAUAUGAUUUAUUAAAAGGUGUUUUAGAAAAUAUUUCACUUGGAAAAUUAGCUAAAAUUGGUACUGGAUCAUUUGAUUUAUUAUUAGAUGUUGCAAAAUAUUCAUCAACUGUGAAAUUACGAACGAAUAAUGACGAUGAGGCUUCUGUAGAAUACUUAAUCUAUCCUACGAAUUGCAUUGGUCAUCAAUAA